CAUUUUGCAUUACAUUAUAAAUCCAUGAGCUUUGCAACUUUUCGCUUUUUUUAUGGGGUUAUUCAUGGUAUGGUUUUUUUAAUAUUUUUUUAUUUAGUUUUGGUUUUUUUCGUUAGGUUUUUUAAAAAAUUAUUUUUAUCUCAAUCUCAUAUCACAAACAUUAAGUUAACCGAGCUAAUCUGAGUUAAAAUUUCUUUUUUGAUAUGUUUUUUGAAAAUUAUCUUCUAUUUAUUUUCGUGACUUUGCAUUGGAUUAUUUGGCAUAGAACUUUACAUUUCGAACUCUGAGCUGAUUGUUCUGAUACUAAAAUUAACUAUGAACUACCACAAAGAGACGGAAAAAAGAGCAUGGAAAGUCAACUAGAAAAUAUUCGAUCCAGAUUUAUUACCUCCAAUUUUCCCGGCUGCAUGCAUGCUUAUGGUUCACGUCUAAGGAUUUUUAAAAGCCAACUGGUGCUUAUUCUCCACCUAUAAAACGCCUGACCAGCCACUUCUCUAUUUCGUACCACCGCCUCUCACAUUCUUUCUUAAACCUCGAUCACGGUCCUUAUAGUAUCUCUAAAACAUUCUACAGUUUUAGAUAUAUGGCUUCAGGAGCACUAGCCUCCAAUGCCCUUCUCCUCUCCCUCUACAUCUUAUUUUUGGCUUUGCUGAGCUCCGCUGAGUAUUGCCCACCAUCACCACCCAAGGUCAAGUCACCGCCUCCACCACCACCCAAGGCCAAGUCACCACCUCCACCACCCAAGGUCAAGUCACCACCUCCACCACCACCCAAGGUCAAGUCACCUCCACCACCCAAGGUCAAGUCACCACCUCCACCACCCAAGGUCAAGUCACCACCUCCACCACCACCCAAGGUCAAGUCACCUCCACCACCCAAGGUCAAGUCACCACCUCCACCACCCAAGGUCAAGUCACCUCCACCACCCAAGGUCAAGUCACCACCUCCACCCAAGGUCAAGUCACCACCCCCACCACCCAAGGUCAAGUCACCACCCCCACCGCCACCAAUGGUCAUGUCACCACCACCACCAAUUGUCAAGUCACCACCGCCACCAAUGGUCAUGUCACCGCCACCACCAAUUGUCAAGUCACCGCCACCACCAAUGGCCAAGUCACCACCACCACCAAUUGACAAUUCACCGCCACCACCACCAAUGUUCAAGUCACCACCACCACCACCUCCAUCACUACCAAAAGGCACUUGCCCUAGAGAUACCUUGAAGUUGCAAGCAUGCGCAAAUGUGCUGAAUUUGUUGAAAAUCUUUGUUGGUGAAAAAGAAAAGGCCAAAUGCUGCAGCCUCAUUGAUGGUCUUGUUGAUCUUGAUGCUGCUGUUUGCCUUUGCACUCGAAUCAAAGUUGAUCUCCUGGGCCUUAUUAAGUUAGACGUUCCUGUUGCCGUGGAGUUGUUGCUCAACGAAUGCGAUAGGAAGGUCGCGGAAGAUUUCAAGUGUCCGCCCUCCUAAGUCCUUCAGUUUAAUAAAUUGCCGCGUAUAAUUUAGCUUUCCUUGCUAUCUAUCCCCACCUCAUUUUAUUGUUCUUUGGACUUUAGUAGCAAGGCUUUUGCUGGCUCGUGCCUUAAACAUUGUUAUGUCAAAAACGCUGUAAUUUGCGAUUAGUGUAGUGACUAGCUUGAAAGGCUCCUUUUGCCCUUUCUUCCUAGCUCGUAAUCUAUUUCUAAUAUUAUGCUGCAAUAAUACGAAGUUUGAUUUAUGUUCU